UUUUUAAGCAGACACGAAAACUUGGCUUCGAAUUCGCACAGCAAUAAAUGCUCUCAAAAUUGUACAAGUAAUUAAAAAAAACGAAUGUCAAACAACUGUCAAAAUUAAUUUAAUGGGCAGUCGAGACGAUCAGAAAGUUUCUAUUUUAAUAUCGCUUUAAAUUAAGACUGCUGAUGAGAUUUAGUUUUUUCUCUUUAAAUUGGUUACCGCCCACAAGUUUAUCUAAUGGAGGAAUUAAAUUCGUGCCGCUGCUGCUUAAUGCGGCCGCCAGACAAGCAUUUGAAUGCGCCGUAUACUCGUCUUGGGCAAACAGAGAUAUACACGGAUAUGCUAAAAGAGUGCUUCGAAAUAGAUCUAGCCCUUGGCGACAAUACUGAGUGUGGCAUUUGUGAGAUAUGUGUGAGCCGCUUGCGGGACGCCAGUGACUUCAAGCUGCAAGUGCAGCGCUGCCAGGUGGAACUCCAAGCGCGGCUUACCAGGCCAAUUGAAGUGAAAGGUGAAGAGGCACUAAAAGUCAAAAUGGAGAUGUCUGAUGAUGAUGACAAUGGAGCUUAUAUAUUGCAGCUGAAGGAGGAGAUGUCUGAUUACGAAGAACUGAAGGAAGAAGAUGGCAAGCUGGCCGAGCUGCUGGCCUUUGAGCAGGUCACCGUCAGGCGGCGCAAGCGCAGCUCCUCCAAGACAGAACGAAAAUCCCGAAAAAUACUAUCACGACCAGCGCUCACACUUUCUCUCCGUCCGCUCUCCAAAAUUGAGAAAAUCAAGAGCCCUAUCGAGGACCGCACCGGCUACGUCAGCGAGAGCCGGAAACACAAGCACAACAUAGAAAAUCUACUCAAACACUGCAACGGAACACCCUUCUCUAACAAGACCUUAUAUGGCUACAUAUGCGCUUAUUGCAAAGAAACUUACCCCGACCCACAAGACUUAAGAACUCACACGGAGUCAGAACAUAAGAACUCAGAGUUCUACGACACUAAACGGAUGGAUAAAAACAACAUGUCUGUCAAACUCGAUAUAACUGACCUUAAAUGCAAUCUUUGCAACGAUAGAUUCGAAGAUAUAGCGACUCUGAAGAAGCAUUUGAUUAAACAACACGAUAUUAAAUUCCAUCCCGAUGUAAAAGACUACAUCAUGGAGUUUAAGCUAACUUCAGGCGAUAUUUUAAACUGUGCGCACUGUAAUUCCACAUUUGAGACGUUUAAAAUGCUUCUACAACAUAUGAACGGUCAUUACAGAAACUAUAUCUGCAACGUAUGUGAUAUGGGUUUUAUAAAUAAGCAUAGAUUGAAAAAUCACGAGCGUACGCACGAUAUAGGCACGUAUAAAUGCGAGUUUUGCGAUAAAGUCUUCAGUACAAGAGUUAGAAAGAUGUGUCACGAGAAAUAUACACAUAAUAGUAACGCUAGAUAUACUACUAACUGUCCACAUUGCGAUCAGAGCUUCACGAGCUACUACCAAAGGAAUAGACACAUGUUCACCGAACAUAACACAGUAGCAGCUUCGUACAAAUGCAAUAUAUGCGAUAAAAACUUCAUUUUGAAAUCUAAAUUAACAUCUCACAUUAAGAAAAUACAUUUAAUGGAGCGGAACCAUAUUUGCCCGGAGUGCGGACAAGGAUUUUUCAUUAAGCAAUCGCUAGACGAGCAUAUGAUUAAGCAUAACGGUGAACGGGUGCACAAAUGUAAUGUAUGUUUGAAGGCCUACGCUAGGAAGAAAACUCUCCGGGAGCAUAUGAGGAUACAUAAUAAUGAUAGGCGGUUCAAGUGCGGUGUGUGCGGGCUGGCCUUUGUGCAGAAGUGUAGUUUAAAAAGCCAUAUGCUGUCAAACCAUGGUAUAACACUGUCGGAGUUUGAGAGUCGGGAGUUGAGUAGUCCGCAGGCCACAUAAGUCCUACAAACUCAAGACAGACCAAAGCUAUCUUUA